CGCUAGUUCUCUCGUCGGCUACGCUACAGGUGCUAAUUGAAAUCUCGCUUCUUCCAUCGUUUGUCAGAUGAAUCCUACGAUUAACACUACCCCUAAUUCGUUCACUGUGUUUAAACCCUGGUAAAAGAGUAAUCAAAAAUUAAGGAUCUCAAAAGUUGAUUGGAAUUCAGGUGGUUAUCUAAUUUUAAGAGCUUAAAUAGUAUGCAUAAGUUUAAAUUUCGGCGCCCGAAUUGGCGGAAUGAGGAAAUUGACAUUUUCUUGAAGUCAUGGAGAGAACAUGCUCACUUGAAUCGUUUUUUUAAAAAAGGCUGUAAUAGAAAUCUUUUAUACUCGGCGAUUGUGAAAGAUCUUCAAAAGGAAGGUUUUAGUCGAUCGAUGGCGGAGAUUACAAUUAAAAUGAGAACAAUGACGAGACUCUUCAGGAGAACAGAGCAUGGUGGUUCUUCAGAUUAUAGAUGGUUCGACGAAAUAAAAGAAAUACUGCAUAUAGAAAAGGAUGCACGUAAAGACAGACGAUACGUUGCUGCUCCUCGUCAGAUGGAUCCAUCAUUAGAGUUGCUUUAUAGACCAUAUAUAGAAGCAAAUGUUACUGAACUUGAUGAAGAAGUCACAGCUCCUGAUUUUAAUGAUGAUAGCAAUUCUAUUCCAGAUUAUAAAUAUUAUACUGCGGCAAAGCAUGUUGAACCAGAAGGGACAAAUACUAAUCACUUGAGCAUACCUGAUUUAUCAACCAGUGAUUCUCAGAAUAUUACAGAAAAUGUUCUAAUGAGUUGUUUGGAAGAAUUCCAAAAAUGUAACCGUGAACUUGAAGCAAAUGAUAUAGCAAUAUUGAGACAAUUCAAAGAACAAAAUGAUAUAUUUAGAGCACACACUGCACUAUUAAGAAAACUUUUAAAUGAUUAAAUGUUUGCUGUUACAUAAUAAUCUUAUUAUUGGUCUGUAAACAAUAUAAUUAUUAUAACAUUUAAUUAAAAAAUUCUUGGUAUUAUAUUUCAGCUUUAUUCUUGGUAUUAUAUUUCAGCAAGCUUUUUUUUAAUUCUAGGAUAUGUGAUAUAAUUAAAAAUAAAAUAUAAGAAAUUAUUAUGUGUGGCUCAGAAUUCAAUAUAAAACAUUUGGUGAUUUUCCUCUUAAAAUAUUCUGUGUAAAUUUUCUCCAUUGAUGUGUGAUAAAAUUAUUCAUUUGUUAUUUAGCAGUUAUUUUCAAAAAGAACAAUUAAAAAUGCUAUAAGCCUGCUUAUCAAAUAAAUAAAUUUGUCAGAAAUACAAGCGUCUUAAAUUUAAAAAUAUUAGUAUUGCAUUAUAUACAGAUAAAUAAUUAUUAAAAUCAUUAAUUAAUGUGUAAUUACUUUUUAUAUUAUAUUGAAUAUCAGUUAUUCAUUAAAUGUUUACUGUAUAUCUAUCAUAAUUACAAACUAUUAUUUAUUUUUAAAAAAAUUUAUUUGUGGUUAAUCUUUUAAGAAUUUUAUCACUUUAGUCUCUUCCCCUGCCCUCAUUAUAUGAAUAUUAAAAAAUAAAUAAAUCUGAUAUAUGUAUAUGCAUUCAAAAUUGUUAAAAUAAAAAUAAAUAAAUCAUUAACCUGUUGAUUAAGUUAAAAAUUUAUAAAAAUAUGAUAUUAAAUUGACCAAUUCUUAAAAAAAGCCCUUAUAAUGCCCCACCUGGGAUCAUAAAAUAUCUUAAAACUGCAAAUGUUUUUAACGGCUUGACAACUUUGCUGUAUUAAGAAAAAAAUAUAUUAAAUAUCCAAUUAAAUUCAGGAGGUGUAAACUUGCCAUCAUUUCUGAAACUUCAGUUAUCUUUUUGCAAAAUUAUCAAAAAAGAAAUAUGUUUCUGCAUUAUCAAUUAAAGGCAGCUCAAUGAUUUUUGUAAGUUGAUAUUUGUUGGAAUGUAUAAUCAUUGAGAAUUUGUCUUGAAAUAUGUUUUCAGACUUUUUUUCUUUUCUUUUUACAGGUAUUUUUUUAAUGUUUGAA